UUUUUUUUUGUAAGUACAAACCAUUUUUGAUGCUUGCGAUGUAAAUCUGCAGACCAGUUAUUUCUGGUCAACAUGUCGGACAUAAAAUCUAAAAAUAAAAGUACAGCUAAUUUUAUUUCCAAAGUAUGUAUUAUAUUCUAGUCCAAAAUGUAAUUCUUGUUUUUCAACCAGGUCGCAAGUAUAAAUGCUAUAUAUAUAGUUUGACCAUACUAAACCAUCAAAUUUUAUAUAAUAAAUUAUUAUAAACAAUUAAUUUAAUUUAAUUUAAAUUUAUUAUAUUUAUUUUUUAUUUGACUAAAGGUUAGUAAAAGAAUAGUCACCACUCAUUCCUUAAGAAGAUAAGAUUAAGAAAAAUCACCUCUCUCUCUCUCUAUCUAUCUAUCAAAACAGGCGUUACUGUGAUUAGUAAAGAACCAUUUGGUUACGUCUUAACUCCUGCAUUCUUUACGCUCCUUCGUCACCUUCGAUUUUGUGUGGUUUCAGACAUUUUUCUCCGCCAAAAUAGUCUGAGAAAUUAACGGAGAUAUAUGACUAGCUUGGCUGGUAGUAGGCUACGUAAACGGCCAGACCGUAGACCAUUGUACACCGUAGAUGAUUCCGAUGACGACGAUGACUUUGUUCAAAACAAGGAUCAGGCGACUGAAAUAGUUGAAGGAACUGUCGGAAGAGAAGCGGUUACUCCUCUUACCGAGAUGGAAAAGAUUUUGGACUGCCAAAUGCGUCCUACGACAUCUAACGAUCCAGAUUCAUCAGAUAGUGCUGCACCAAAGCAAGUUGUUGUGAAACAAUAUCUUGUGAAGUGGAAGGGGUUAUCGUACCUACACUGCUCUUGGGUGGCCGAGGAAGAGUUCCAGAAGGCUUACAAGUUUAUUCGUCGGUUAAGAUCCAAGGUGAUCAAAUUUCAUUCUACAAUGGAGUCAAUGAGUAACAGUGGAGAUGAUUUUGUAGCCAUUCAUCCAGAGUGGACUACUGUUGACCGGAUUAUAGAUUGCCGGGGAGAAGGUGAGGACAAGGAGUAUCUGGUGAAGUUCAAAGAACUUUCUUAUGAUGAAUGUUAUUGGGAAUCUGAAUCAGACAUCUCAACCUUUCAAAACGAAAUCCAAAGGUUCAAGGAUAUAAACUCUGGUCAUCGCAGAGAUAAAUAUGUUGACCAUGAGAGAAAUCAUGAAGAUUUCAAACAGUUUGAUCAUACUCCUGAAUUUAUUACAGGCUCAUUGCAUCCGUACCAGCUUGAAGGGCUUAACUUUUUGCGGUUUACAUGGUCAAACCGAACUCAUGUAAUCCUCGCCGAUGAGAUGGGGCUAGGUAAAACAAUUCAAAGCAUUGCCUUUUUAGCUUCUCUUUUUGAGGAAAACUUGGCUCCAUAUUUGGUAGUUGCUCCCCUUUCCACUCUGAGAAACUGGGAGAGAGAAUUCGCCACCUGGGCACCACAUAUGAAUGUGGUUAUGUACGGUGGUACUUCUCAAGCUCGUACUGUUGUUAGAGAUCAUGAGUUUUACUUUCCAAAAGGUCAUAACAAGAUGAUUGGAAUCAGUGGAGAAAGUAGGCAGGACAGGAUUAAGUUUGAUGUCAUCCUCACGUCUUAUGAGAUGAUCAACGUAGACACAGAAGUCCUAAAACCAAUCAAGUGGAAGUGCAUGAUUGUUGAUGAAGGCCAUCGGUUGAAAAACAAAAACUCAAAGUUGUUCAAUUCGCUGAAGCAGUAUACGAGUGAGCAUCGCAUUCUUCUGACAGGAACACCACUUCAGAACAACUUGGAUGAGCUUUUCGUGCUCAUGCAUUUUCUUGAUGGGGAGAAGUUUGGAAGUUUGGAGGAGUUUCAGGAGCAGUACAAAGACAUAGAUCAAGAGGAGCAGAUAUCAAGGCUCCACAAAAUGCUGUCUCCCCAUCUGCUCAGAAGGGUAAAGAAAGACGUGCUGAAGGACAUGCCCUCUAAGAAGGAACUCAUCUUGCGGGUUGAUCUGAGCAGCAAGCAGAAAAUAAUUUACAAAGCUAUUAUGACCCGGAACUAUAAAAUAUUAGCAAAAAGAGGUGCUAAGAUAUCGAAUGUGCUCAUGGAAUUGCGGAAAGCUUGCUUACAUCCCUACAUGGUGGAAGGUGUUGAGUCCCAGAUUAAAGAUGAAAAUGAAGCUUUAAAAGAGCUCCUGGAAUCCUCUGGAAAAUUGCAACUUCUAGACCAAAUGAUGGUCAAGCUUAAAGAGCAAGGACACAGAGUUCUGAUUUACUCACAAUUUCAGCACAUGUUGGACCUACUUGAAGACUACUGUGCUUACAAGAAGUGGUUCUAUGAAAGGAUUGAUGGAAAGGUUAAUGGAGCUGAGAGGCAAGCACGGAUUGAUCGCUUUAAUGCCAAAAAUUCGAACCGGUUCUGUUUUCUGCUUUCUACAAGAGCUGGCGGUGUAGGGAUAAACCUUGCAACUGCUGAUACUGUCUUCAUUUAUGACAGUGAUUGGAACCCUUAUGCGGAUCUUCAGGCUAUGGCUAGAGCUCAUCGAAUUGGCCAGACUGAGAAGGUAAUGAUUUACAGGCUCAUAAGCCGGGGUACUAUUGAAGAAAAAAUUGUGCAAAUCUGUAAAAGAAAAAUGCUUCUAGAGCAUCUUGUUGUGGGGAAAUUAAAAGCACCAAACCUUAGCCAGGAAGAGUUAGAUGACAUCAUCAGGUAUGGUUCCAAGGAGCUUUUUGCUGAAGAGAAUGAUGAAGCAGGAAAGUUUGGAAAAAUUCAUUAUGAUGAUGCUGCUAUCGAAAAGUUGCUAGACCGUGAUCAUAUAGAUGCUGAGGAGGACUCAGUGGAUGAUGAAAAUGAAAAUGGGUUUUUUAAAGCUUUCAAGGUAGCAAACUUUGAGUUCAUAGAUGAUAAUGAGGCUGCUGCCUCAGAGGAGGCACAGGAUAUAGAAAGCAAGUCUUCAUCAGAAAACUAUUGGGAAUAUUUGUUAAAAGACAAAUAUGAAGUGCAGCAAGCUGAGGAGGUCAAUGCUCUUGGAAAGAGGAAGAGAAACUGUAAGCAGAAGCUUGGUGAAGAUGAGCUUGCUUACCUAGAAGCGAGCUCUGAUAAUGAAGAAGAUGAACAAACUGAAGCUGAAGAUGAGCUUGCUUAUCUAGAAGUGAGCUCUGAUGAUUGUGUAGCAUCUGGACAGGGAAACCAGAUAGCUUAUUGGCCUUGGACUCCAGCGAGCUCUGCUUAUGAAGAAGCCAAACCAAUGGAUGGUGAAGCAGCUAGACAAGGAAACCAAAUGGCUAAAAGGCCUUACCAUAGGACUCGCGAUACUUUGGAACCAAUACCUUUGAUAGAAGGAGAAGGGAGAUUUCUCAAGGUGUUAGGUUUUAACGAGCUGCAAAGGAAGAAAUUUUUAACGACUUUGGAGAGGUACGGAGUUGGCAACUAUGACUGGAAGGAGUUUGUUGAUCCUUUAAAGCCGAGGACCUAUGAUGAAAUAAGAAGUUAUGGAUUACGUUUCUUGAAGCACAUCGUCGAAGACAAAGAUGUUAACUCUCCAACCUUUUCAGAUGGAGUCCCCAAAGAAGGACUGAAAUGUAAGGAUGUACUCGCCAGAAUUGCUUCUGUGAUGUUAGUACAAAAGAAGGUGAAACAUAUGGAAGCCAAUCCAACAAACCCUGUUUUCUCUGACCGCAUUUUACAUAGGUUCCCUGGACUAAGAUUAAGAAGAGCAAAAUUUGCGAACGAGGAAUGUGACAGGAUCCUGUUGUCUGCUGUUUCCAAGAACGGGGUUGGAAAAUGGAGAGCCCUUGUUAAUGACAUAGAGUUUGGGAUCUACGAGCUCGUCCGAAAAGAAUUGAACAUCCCUCCCACAAGUUUUAUUAAUGCUAAUGGAAUCGUAAAAGAUCCGGAUAUAAUAAUUACUGAUCAUAUGAGAAGACGGUUUCUGAUUCUUGAGGAGGCGAUAAUAAAUGAGUUUGCAGAAGACUACUACUUUGGACCAAAGCCUUCAUCUCUGAACCGUGCUCUAAAAAAUGGUCUACUGAAUCAGCCCAUCGAUUUUUUUUCUGCUAAGUUUCGACUAUUAACCGAACGUGCCUUACAUGAGUUUGCCAGCAAGAACAUAAGCAGGAACCUAAGUGCCAUUAGAACAUAUGUUAAUGUGAAUAUGGAAGACGAACGAGUAACUGAAGUCAUUGUGCUGGACGACUGAUUUGAGGAAAAUGAAAACACCAAGAACCUUGAACCAAAACAUAUGUGAUUGGAUUUGGAAUUAUUGUUGUUUCUAUUUAUUAUUGUUUGGGAUUAGAUUGGAUUUUUAGUUAUCUCAAAAGGAUUAUGAUUUAUCGAAUCUAGUGAACCAAAAUAUACUUGGUCUCUAGUGAUUCCCAUAGCUGAAGGAUGAUUAUGAUUUUUAGUUAUCUCAAAAGGAUUAUGAUUUAUCAAAUCUAGUGAACCAAAAUAUACUAUGUCAUGAUAAUUGUAGGAUGAAUUUUGAUUUCUGUAACUUAUAAUAAACCUUCGAGCAUCAAUUAGCAUUGUAAAAACUCCAAAAUACUUGAAUGGUUACUAUGUGGUACGACUAAAUUCUUGAUUUUAUUUUAUUUUGACUAUUUUUAAAAGUUCUUUUUAAAUAUAGUGUUUUGCAUUUUCAGCUUGAGUACAUUCUUGUCAGUGUUCAACUUGUAAUUAAGAAGAUUUAUAUUUCUUUUGAUUUGCAACUUCAAUUAUGUAUAUGAUAUCAAUAGAUAUUAAACGUACUAUGUGUUGUAGUGUACAUUGCUAGUACACAGAUAAAUGAUAAAAAAAAGUUAUAACAUAUCAGUCUUAAAAAAUAAAAAACCAAAAAUGACAAAACAUUGACUUUUCAAAGAACACCAUAUAUUAUCGAUAAAUAUGCAUGUGUAUCAUAAAAGAAAAUGGCUUGUCUUCCCAUAAAAAAUUAUAUAGCAAUGUGGAUUUGUUACUAUAUAAUACUUCUUAAGAGAAAUAAAUUGUUUUCUUAAAGAAACAUAUCCAAGUUUUUUUAAAACAUCAACAUGCAAUGCAAUGCAUUGGAAAAUAAAAGACAACUUCCUAAUAUAAAUUAUUAACGCUAAUAGUGGCCAGAUCAUUACCGCCAAAUCAUUACCUCUAAUAAUACAAAUUAUUACCACUAAUAUCUCUUUGUUAUCAAUCUAACAAUCACUUGAAUUCGAUGAUCACAGUGAUUUAGUACCAAAUGAGGAGGAGCAUAAUCGGAUUAAUAUUUGAUCUCGUUCCUUAUCAUUCGGAGGAUGUUUAAUUGGAAGGACGAAUUCGCUGAUGCGAUCGCUGCGUUGGAGGUGGUUAUAUCUCGUGAUUGAGGGGUUAGCAACAAAAAUUAACAUUGGGAACAAGAGGGUUCUUGAGGAAAUACAACGAGGAAUACAAGUUUUGCGAAGAGUGCGGAUGGGAAGAAGAGUGGCGUACGUGCGGUGGUGAAGUCCGACGGAGCUCGGAACAUUCUCCGGAGGAAAGUUGGGAUACUGCUAUGAUCUUUCAAAAGAAAACAUACAAGAAUCAUCCCACUUUCGAUAAAAAAAACAAGAAUCAUCCCACUAAUCACAAAAAUGACUAUCGAUCAUCAUCCCACUAAUCAAAAUAAUAAUCAUCCCAUUAAUCACAAAAACAAAUAAUCAUCCUAGUAAUCACAAAAAUCAUCAUCACAGUAAUCAUAACCCUCUUUUAUCCAAUAAUACUAUAAAAUCAAUCACCAAAACACAUAAUCUUCAGAAUCAUAGUUAACUAUCAGUCCAAUCACAAAUCGAUCAAGUUAUCAUAACUAAUACUAAUGGUAACACUCCAUCAUUUUAAUCUUAAUCCAAUAAUGGUGUCGAUCAAUCUUGAAACAGUGAAGAACUCUCGAUCAUCUCAUCAAUCAAUCAAAGAUUAAAAAUCAUAAAAUAAUAUUGAUCAACGAUGUAUCUAGACACUUAAUAUUCGUUUCUGGGUAAAGAAGGCAGGAGGUAUCACAACGUAGCCUCCUGGCGCAUGUAUCUCAGCCAGUAGAUUGAGAUUCUCCUUUGUGUCUUGCAUACGGCCACGUCGGCCAGUAACAUCAUAGUAUCUCUUUGAAAUUAAGAUUCUGGCAUCGAUCGAUACAAAAAAACAUAUCGACGUUUUUUUUUAAAACAUCAACAUGCAAUGCGAUGCAUUGAAAAAUAAAAGACAAAUUCUAAUGCAAAUUAGUAGUCAAAUCAUUACCGCCAAAUCAUUCCGCUAAUAAAACAAAUUAUUACCGCUAAUAUCUCUUCGUCAUCAAUCUAACAGUCACUCGAAUUCGAUGAUCACAAUGAUUUAAUACCCGAUGAAG